GUACAUACUCGAGGCGUUUCAAAUAUUGGCAAGAAGAUAAGAGGAAACUAACUUUUUGCAGCUAUUCAAAAAUGGCCAAUGAAAAGGACACGGAGAAAAGUAAACAGGAUGCAGACGAUUGGAGAAAUAUCGAGUGUUGGGUUGAAGAUGAUUUUGAUGCCAAUGAAUUGUUAAGAGGAUUGGAUAGCGCAGGUCGUGGUGCUACUCAAGAUAAUGAGGAAGAUUGGGCUGAUUGGAGUGGCGACGAAGGGUUAGGAGAGGGUAAAGCAAGAACAGCUGCUAAAACCCACGACAACAGCUGGGUUACAAAAGGAAAAGUAACAGAUGACCCUAUGGAGAAGAGUUGGAGAAAGGCUAGCAAGUUGGAAAAGGUACCCAGAGGAAGAAGGGCACGUGGGGAGGAAAGUAGAAUUGGGAGAGAGAAACCCAGACGACUAAGCGAGCCCCACCACAAUGUCUCGUCUAUUCCUCACGAACCUUCCCACGAACGUCGCCGUCGAGGUGGAAGAAGACGCGGGAAAGAGCCGGACCUUUUUCCUUCAGUGAAAAAAGAAAAGCAAAUGGAUGAAAUGAGCAGUGCCUUUGCGAGGCUAAUGCCAGUUGCAGGAUGGCAACCAGCGGCGGGAGAAGAAGCACGAGGCGAAGAAGAGGCAGAAUCCGCCGAUGAGGGAGUUGAUCUUGCUCAAGACAUCAAAAUUUUUCCCCGCUUGAAGACCUUACCGCAUGUUCAUGAAGAGCGUCUGAGACUUAUCCAGCCGAAACAGGUGCAGGUGAAGGAAGAGGAGCCACGUAGUCGAAGACACCGCUCUCGACACAGGAAGUCAAAGUCUGCGCAGAAAGAAAAGUCCCCCGAGCCGAACCACACGGAAGUCAGUCAUCCUGUUAGAUUAAGGUAUUCAGAAGAGCCGAAACAGUCAUCUAAAACGGCACCUGCAACAGCGAAAGAAAAGAAGAGAAAUGAGGCCGGAGCAAAAGAGGCAAAUAACAAGAAGAAGCCUAUACUGGAAUCAAAGUGGGCUGCCCUCAACAACGACAAGGCCGACGACACCACUGUCCGGAUGAGAGAGCAAUAUCGACAGAAGAAGAUUGACAGUCAGCUCGACUGGGAUAACGGCGUCAAGGGCACGGCGGAUGACCACGCUAGCGCCAAAGAAGCAGUGUCGGCUAAGUCAGCACCCUCCAACUCCCUGCAGAAACAGCACCAGCACCAGCAACAGCACCAACACUUUGCUUACGAGAACAGCGAGCCUCCAGCUAGGAACGAGCAUACGCCUAAGUCGAAAGCAAAGUCCAAGCUCACCUCGAUGUGGGCCUAGCUACUCUGUCUCUCCACCACCCAUGUACAAACAUUAUAUAAAUAAAUUUACCGUAUCCGGUAACUAAAAUUUUUUUGCUGAUAUAGAAACAUGCUGGCACGUGUUGCUUAUGUAAUCUACUGUCAUUCCG